AAAACAAACCUUUUUAAAUCUCAACGGCUGUGACGCAAGGCAGUCGCGGACUUCCGACCAAUGGGAAGAGACUAGCGGGCAGAUCACGUGGGUGCCCGGAGACAGGAAGACUGGCCGAGUGUUUAGAACUGGGGCACGCUGAACGUGUCUUCCAAUUUACUGCGUGCCCAGGUUCGUGGACAGGGUGUUCUGACCGUGUCCGGUCUGGAGCUCCAGGGCCAGGGCGCUGUUUUUUGAAGAUGCUCCGGCUGCUAAACCCCCACCCCUGGCAACAGGAGCAGACGGCACAUCUGAACUCUCACUGGCUCAGUUCUAGGGAAUAAACCGUGCAUCCGGCUGCGUGUGCGGCUUCUGAGGGCAGCCCUGAGUUACCUCCUCCUGACUGAUGGUCCCCAAAGCCAGCUCGCCCCGUAACCUUCCCCCUACAGCCGCGAGACACCCGGGGGAACUAGAGGCUGGCCCAAAUGCCUUCGGGUGUCCCCCUGUUCGGGCGUAAGGCCCAGGAAGGUCUUGAGCAGCCCGAGCUGCGAAAGGCAAGACCAGUUCCCGAAGGAGGAGCACAGACACCAGCCCCCUGACUCCAGAUUCGAACCCUUAAGCGGACAGCUUGGCCGAGGGAAGGAAGUCCAAUUCCGGGGACGCGUUGUCUCUUCAAGGGGCGGGGCCGACGCUUGGGGAGGAGGAGGCCGGGCGCAGAGGAACCUGGGAACGACAGACAUGGGCUUCCUCUCGCCGAUUUACAGUGGAAGCCGGUGAACGUAGGCAGCCGGCUUUGGCCUCUGGCGGAGGCGUCUGGGAGAGCGUCCUCGCUUUCCCACAAUCCUUGUGGGCAGCACCCUGUUGCCGGGCCGGGCUAAUGGCGUGGUGCCUGAGCCGGUGGGCUGGCGGUGCCCUCUGGCGCUGCGCCCCCCGAGCCGGCAGGGGCAUCUCCUUGGGUGUCCCCGAAACGGCCCCGGUGAAGACGACGCUCCCGCCCCCUAAAGUGGUGGAUCGGUGGAACGAGAAGAGGAGCCUGUUUGGGGUAUACGACAACAUCGGGAUCCUGGGGAACUUUGAACGUCACCCCAAGGAUCUGAUUAAGGGGCCCACGUGGCUCAGGGGCUGGAAAGGGAAUGAAUUGCAGCGAUGUAUCCGUAAGAAGAAAAUGGUGGGAGAUCGCAUGUUUCUGCAGGACUUGCACAACCUGAACAAGCGAAUCAGAUACCUCUACAAACAGUUCAAUAGAAAGGGGAAGCUCCGGUAGAGGAGAAGCCAUAGAAAUCCCCAUCCCCAACCUGUCACCUUUCAGGACACUUCGGGUAGGGAACUGCUCAGUGUGGAGAAAGGCCUUUGUAAUGGAUUCCUAAUAAAGUUGCUUCACUAGGCAUUUGCCUUUUCUUUA